AUGGAAAACUCAGAUUCUAACGGUAAAGGAAAUGACCAAUCUGCAGCACAGCGCAGAAGUCAAAUGGAUCGAUUGGAUCGUGAAGAAGCUUUCUAUCAAUUUGUAAAUAACCUGAAUGAAGAAGACUAUAGACUUAUGAGAGAUAACAAUUUGCUGGGCACCCCAGGCGAAAGCACUGAGGAGGAGUUGCUCAGAAGACUACAGCAAAUAAAAGAGGGCCCACCGCCACAACAGAGCUCAGAUGGAAAUAGAGGUCGAAACUCUUCAGAGACAUCAUCUGCCAGACCAUCUAGGUCAGAACACACUUCGGAAGCAUUAACCGAAGUGCCAUCCACCAGAGGUCACAGGAGGACAAGAAGCUGGAACCCAGAACACCGGAGAACUAGAGCCAGAGCUGAAAGAAGUAGGUCUCCUGUGCACCCAGCAAAUGACAUUCCACAAAGAUCUCAUCAUAGCAUCUCAUCUCAGACUUUUGAACACCCUUUAGUAAACGAGAUUGAGGGAAGUUCUAGAACACGUACCCAUGUAAUUUUGAGACAGCAGAUAAGUGGACUAGGUAGAGGUCUUUUUGCAGCUUCUGCGUUGAGAAAUGCCACUCAAGGGGCAAGUUCUUCAGACACCGGCACAAAUGGUGAAGCUGCAAGAUCUGGUCAAAGACCUCCAACCAUUGUCCUUCAUGUCAGAAGAAUUCAUCUGAGAGAAUACCCACCGAGAGAUAGCAUAGCUAGCAGAACACGGUCAAGGUCUCAGACCCCACACAGCAUGGUCUCUUAUCAAAGUGACAGUGGUUUCAGGCACACCAUUAUACGUUCUGAACGCAUAGGUGCAGGUGUGAGAACCUAUGUGCGUACUAGCAGGAUUCCCAUUCGUAGAAUCAUAAAUAAUGGAUCAAGUGACACUACAUCUGUUCAGAUUCGAACCAUGUUAAGGCAGAUAAUGACAGGUUUUAGUGAGCUGGCGAGAAUAGAAACACAGAGUGGAAGAGGGAGCUCUGGUGGUAACCGUUCUGGUUCUGGCUCCAGCUCCAGUACUGGCUCCAGUUCCAAUGGUGAAAGUUCAGGAAGUAGCUCAGCGAUGUUUGAAGGCAGAAAUGAAGGAACCCAAAUUCUCGCACCAGGUACCAGGAGAGCGGGCCGACAUAGGGCCCCAGUUAUCAUUGAUGAGAAUGGCUCUUCAUUUUUUAGUCUGGCUCGGGUUUUCUUCUUAAAUGAGAAUGACAACCAACGUAGAGGACUCACAAAAGAACAGAUUGAUAAUUUGCCAAUGAGAAGUUUUGAUGAAAAUGAUGCACUGAAGACAUGUAGUGUUUGCAUUAGAGAAUAUACGGAAGGUGACAAACUUCGUAAGCUACCUUGCUCCCAUGAGUACCACGUCUACUGCAUCGACCGCUGGUUAUCAGAGAAUAAAACCUGUCCCAUUUGUCGCAGGGCUGUCUUAUCUUCUGGGGACAGAGAAAGUGUUGUGUAG